AUGUGGUCAGAUGUGACAGCCCUUGAGGAUCGGCUGCAGGAUUUCAGCGUUCGUUUCGAAGCCCUCGAGCUGAAGAUGGCCACCCAAGAGGAGGAAAUAGUUUCCCUCAAGAAGGCGGGUGCCGCCCAGGCGGAGACGAUCGUUUCCCUCGAGAAGGCAGGCACCACCCAGGCGGGGGAAAUAGUUUCCCUCAACAAGACGGUUCGCACCCUCAAGAGGAAGGUGGCCACCCAGGCGGGGCAAAUCGAGGCUCAAUCUGAACGACAAGGAACCGUCGAGGAGCUUGUGAGGCAAAACUCUGCUGCCGCAAAAGCCACAACAGCCAUCUCGCAAAAGCUCGAGAAGGUUGUGAAGGCCUCGUCUUCGACCACUUCGAUGAGAACACGCAGCAAAAGAAAGCGAGACCAAGAGGAGGAGAAGGAGAAGAAGCAGGCGAGCAGCGAAGACGAGGAGGAAGGGGGCGAAGACUGA